AUGAAACAUUUUCUCGAAGUAUAUAAUUCCUCAACACAUUCUACAACAGGACAUACACCAAAUUCAAUGACACAACAACAAGAAGAAAAGUAUAUACAAAAGAAACGAAGUCAAACACAAAAUAUCAGAAAUUCAACACAAUUUACCCUCAUUCCUGGUACAAAAGUUCGUGUAGUUCUUGACGACAAACCGUUGACAAAGAAACGUUUAAGGUUAAGUAGAAAUUAUUAUAUCGUAGACUCUACGCAAGGUAAUGGAUAUCUUAUAAAAGCUGCCGACGACUCUAUUGCGUUUUAUCCUCGUCAUAAAUUAGUCGAAAGUAGUAAUGGCAAACUUGCUGAAACCAUUGACGAAGCAAAGCGAGGAGUGGUUAUUGAAAUACUUGGCUAUAACAUAAACGAUGACACUUAUAAAGUAAGAUAUGAAGGAGGCGUUGAAGAUGUUAUACCAUCUAAGAACUUGAGAGAAUCUAAACCAACUCAUCUGGGUCCAUUAGAGCGGGAGUACUGGAAAGACAAAAAUAAGCCAGAAAGAAUAAGAAAAUUCUUCUAA